CCAACAUUUGGCAUUCGCAAGGGCCAAGGCGCUCAACUUCAAGGAAGGGGCCCAGGGGGGUAGCCAUAUAAUCCAGCAUCAUUGCAAUUGUUGAUCAUGACAUGCUUCAGACUUGAAGUUGAAGCAACCGGCCCAUGACACUCUGCUAGAUGGCGCCCUCCAUGACCUAUGCCGCGGAUAUUGACAGCAUUAAAGAUGCUCAGAAGCGGAUUGCUCCGUAUGCCCAUGUCACCCCAGUUCUUACGUCGUCGUCUGUAGAUGGUCUCGCAAAGGGAAGGAGCCUGCACUUCAAAUGUGAGGUGUUCCAGAAGGGAGGUUCGUUCAAAUUCCGGGGGGCCUGCAAUUCCAUCUUUUCCUUGUCGGACGAAGAUGCAAGGCACGGAGUUGUUACUCACAGCAGUGGCAACCAUGCCGCAGCAUGCGCCCUUGCCGCCAGCCUCCGCAACAUCUCUGCACACAUUGUGGUCCCUAACGGAGCCCCAGAAUGCAAAGUGGCCGCUGUUCGAAGGUAUGGUGGGGACGUCGUCUUCUGUGAACCGACUCUGCAGGCAAGGGAAGAGGCUGCCAGCCUCAUUCAGAAGAAGACUGGCGCCAUAAUGAUUCCGCCGUUUAACUACGGGCCAACAAUAAGUGGCCAGGGGACAAUCGCACUGGAGUUAUUGGAGCAGGUGCCGGACCUCGAAGCUAUAGUCGUGCCAAUCAGCGGGGGUGGCAUGAUCUCCGGCAUCGCCAUUGCGGCAAAGGCUCUCAAGCCAGGGAUCCGCAUCAUCGCCGCAGAGCCGGCAGGGGCCAAUGAUGCGGCUCUCUCCAAAGCGGCUGGGAAAUGCAUACCCUGUACGGCGCCCAAGACUAUCGCGGAUGGCCUUCGAGCCAGUUUGGGUGACCUAACAUGGCCUGUCGUGAGAGACCUCGUCGAUGCUGUCGUGACAGUCGAUGACAAGGAGAUAGUCGCAGCAAUGAAGGUCGUUUACGAGCAGCUUAAAGUAGCCGUAGAACCUAGUGGGGCUGUUGGGUUGGCAGCUGUUUUGUCGUCAGCAUUUCACGAAAACGAGGAGUGGAAAGACGUCAAGAACGUUGGUGUCGUCUUAUGUGGCGGCAACCUUGAUCUGUCUGUCCUCUGGGAUGCACUCAACAAAAGUUGUUUGACUUGAUAUCAUUUCUGCACUUGUCUCUUUUCGAGAUUGUUGCGCUAAGCUGUAGCUGUAACCCGCAUCCUUUACCAAUUGGAAUUUUUUUCCCCCAACGAAAUGGUAGGAUAGAUGCAUGCUGUACCACAGGUGUUGAAGACCUUCAAAGAGUAGUUCGUUUCAGCGCUGGCCUAGGUUGAUGCUCCGAGGUAGAUGUUUGGAUUUCCUUGCAAUUGGUAGUUUUCCAUUUGUCAACGCUCUUAGU